GGCCCGGACGCUAUGGACAGGAAUGUGACAUGAUGUGUCCAUCUAACUGUCAGGAAAAAAUAUGUCAUAUUGUUGAUGGAACCUGUCUUGGUUGUACUGUUGGUUGGACAAGGAACUUCUGUAAGAAAACUUGCCCCAAUGGGUACUACGGCAUGGAAUGUGGAUCUGAGUGUCUUGGACACUGCAGGGACGGAGUAUCGUGUAAUCACAUAAGUGGUAAUUGUGACAAUGGGUGUGGAGACGGAUGGGAAGAAGUACAGUGUGAUAAAGCGUGUGAAGACGGAAGAUAUGGCCUUAAUUGUAUCUCCACAUGCAGUGGCAACUGUCUGAAUAACGUACCCUGUGAUAAAACAAAUGGAAAGUGUCAGAGCUGUAAACCUGGGUAUACAGGAAGCCUUUGUAACAAUACCUGUCCUGAAAGAUUUUACGGACAAAAUUGUUCUACGGCUUGUAAUUAUAAAUGUCUGAAUGAAGAGUGCUAUCACGAAACUGGAUUUUGUAACAAGGGCUGUAAGGACGGAUACCAGGGAUCAUUCUGUAAUGAAAGUAUGUUAAACGUGCACCGUAUUCUGCUUGUAAAUUUAUAUCACGGAACAUCAAAUGUGUAAAUAAAUAUUUUGGAACAAGUUUUGUAUCUCAUUCAACUACCUGGAUCUGUAGAUAUUGUAUUUACUGUUUUUACU